AGGAUUGCUGGCUCUGUCUACCCCGUAAAGGAUAUAGUCGUGAUCAUAUAAAUAAAUGUCAUAAAGUUUAAAAAAAUCAAUAAUUUAAAUUCCAAAUUUCAUCGACAUCGACAAUUAAAAUUCGUUAUAUCGACAUUCUUGAAAAUGAUUAUCGUCCAACACUGAAGUAGUAACCGUCUAACCGUCCUUUCAUUCAAAAAUCGUAGGGUCCGGCGCUUUGUUUCGGUUACAAAAUGUAAAAAAUCAUUAAAUUAAGUAAAAGUAACAGCAAAAUGACGGAAAAGUUAAAGGAAUACCAAGUUUUAGACGUAUUUUGCGGUGGUACAUUCUACAAAGUGCGACACAAGGUCACCAACAACAUAUUUGCGUGGAAGGCGUACAAUUGCUCCGCGUACUCUGACUCGCGAAUACAGGACAUCGUUGCCGACGUGAAAACAAUAAACAAGGUGAUAUCGGAUUGCUUGUUGCGGUACUUUGACACCAUACUUCACGGUCCGUCGAGGACGCUGUAUUUUGUCGUGGAGUACAGCUGUUGGCAGAGCGCGCGACAGUUGCUGGCCACUUGCGCUGCAGAGGAUCUUCAUUUCGCGGAGAGCUUCCUUUGGCGGCUGCUGUUCGAGCUCGCUAGGCUGUGCAACCAAGUGGACGAUCUGAAAUUAGCAAUUUUGCAGAAAUGUAUCACGACGGAUUCCAUAUACGUGAGCGAGCGCGGAGAAUUCCGCGUAAACUGCUUUGAUCUGACCUCGGCGACCAACAGCAACCUCGUGAGGCAGGUCGGCGACGUGCUACACGCAUUGUCUUUUCGUACUGAGCCAGGCAACCGUCAUGUCAAAAAGUUUCACUACAGUGAUGACCUCCAAGACAUCAUCAGCUUCCUCACAGACGAAAAGAACUCAGAACUGCGUCCCAACGUCAUCCUUUAUCACCCCACAGUCUUAAGCAACAUUGAAACACUAUCUGGAGCAAAACCACUAAAGGAAAUACUUGUCAGUGCAGAUUAUAGAGACACAGUAUCUGAAGGAAACAAAUGCGAUUCUGAGAAAGCUGUAGAACUAUGCAGGACAGUCAAACCACUACCGAGGAAGCCUGUAACCCUUGUGGAUAGCCCUAUUUACUGCAAUGUCAGCCCGAAGCACAAGCAACCUAAAAGUGAUGAUUUCAAUCUGUCUACGAACUCUCUAUCGCCGACACUAGCUGCUCUGGCAUUAGAAUUACCAGGCUUUGUCCCUAGAAGCAGAAGACCGUAUUCUGAAGCUUUACAGAAGUACACCUGUCCUAAGCAAGUGUCGGAAGAGACUCUGAGUCAGCAAUGGAUGUCCUGUCUUGUGGCUCUGAGGCAGCGGGAGGAGUCUUUGAACCAGAGGGAGCGAGAACUAGUUGCAAAGGAGAUACUGAACAGUCCUAGCACUAAGAUAAUUACACUGAAUGAGAGCUUAGAUGUAGACGGUGUUGAGAGCAAUGGGAUUACACUGCCACCAAUGCUGUCUCAAGUUGGAGACGAGAGAAUGUCGCGGCGGCGGCGGCGCACGAGUUCGACGCGAGUGAAACCUCGCAGAAAGAGUUAUGCUUAUGAAGAUCUGGACAGCUCACUGUCGGCCGACGCGGGAGACGGCAGCGUCAUCAUCACAGCAAAAAAGUUCACAAAAGACAACAUGCCACGCCGAAACAUAUUCCCAGAAGUUUCAUCUAAGAAAGUGCACUUUACAUCUGUGAACCCGUUUGUGGAAAGUGAUGAUAGUGUAACUCUUACAUUUUAUGAGUUGGAGAACAUGGACAGUGAAUAUGAGAAGCCGAAGGAAGUGAAAGACAUCAGUAAGUUUAAGUAUUUGGAUGUUGAUAAAAUUACAUCUGAGAAAAGAGUGGCUUUGAAUUGGUCACAGGGUUCUCCUUCAAAACAGGCAAAAACUAGCAAUGCAUUUGUAGACAUCACCAACACUAGUCAGGCGAGUAUUAGGAAGACUCCAUCAAAGGCUAGCUUGAUGUCUAAGAGCUCAAACACUUCAAAAUCUUCUGCCAUGUCUAUAAGGAGCCAAUGGAGUGUGGAUUCUGGUAUCAGUGAGGGCAAUGUGUGUGAUCGUACGCGCGGCAGCAUGCGACAGUCCAUGAUGCAGACUCCUAAGGCCCCGCCUGAAGCCAAGAAGGCCAAAAGGAAGUCCUUGCUACCAUUCAAGACACCUUUUAAAUUUAAAACAUCAACUAAAUUGUAAAAUGAAUGUGUUUAUAUGGCAAUAAGUCUAUUGAAAUGUCUAAAAUAGAUUUUAAUUUUUUUUUCCUAGUAAAAACCUAGUGUUUCUGAUCUCCAUACAAUGGUGUAUACUUAAGUAAGGUUGUGGUUUAAUUAAAAUAGUUUUAAGUAAAAAGUAAGCCUUACUUUUAGUUCCUCUUAAUUUUUGAAAGAGUAUUUUGGCAGAUACUUUUUGUAUAAUUUUUUUUUAAACUUGAUAUUUUAUAAAUUUGCUAUUUUGUAUGGAACUUGUAAAUAAGAUGAAAAUACGGACAUUACCCACCCUAACCCUAGAAUAGUAAAACAUUAUGUCUACUUAUAUGAUUUGUGUGCUUUGCUUAUGUAUCAAGCAAUAUUUUCUAUCCAACCACAUAAGCAUAUUAAUGUACAUAAAAUAUAUUUGUUAUAACAUUUCAAUAUUACGAUAUUUGAAUAUAUUUAUAUGUAAUUGUAAUCAAUUUUAGUCUUGAGUGUCUUCCUUGCGUUAAAUAUUUUUUUAUGAACUUUUAGAUUACACUUUGUGUUGCCAUAUAUUUUUACACUAAAAAUAAAUUAGGAUAUAAAAUAAAGAGACAUGAACAUAGCAAGAG